UGUCGGCCUUCGCUUAGUCACAGCGAGGGUCGCACUUCAUAAAACGUGUGCGGCUGAGUUUGAUCACAUGCUUGGAAGUUGAGGACCAUUGCAGGCUCACAGAAAUCUCAUCUCCCAAGGACUUGUCCCAGGCCGAUCCUGACAAUGGACGUGUGGUGUCUUUCCGGCAUCGUCUUUCUAUUGGUCAUCACGCAAGCCUCGGCCAACGCAAAUAAAUGUCAGAAAUAUUGCGUUUGUAGCAGCAAGAAGCAUAAAAUGGGCUGUCAUGGAGUGGUCCUCACCUAUGUACCAAGAGCACCAAGAUACGUUAUGGAGUAUGAACUGAGCAGCGCUAGUAUUGGCCAACUGACCAGAGAGCACAUGAAGAACCUGACUGAUUGUGGUCUCACAAAGCUCGUCCUUAAGAAUAACAGCAUCACCGGUAUUGACACCAAUGCCUUUGUGGACCUGCAUUAUUUACAGAAACUGUCCUGGGAGCAGGAUUACUUUCCUCUUUCCGACUUUGAACAGUCAAUAAAACAAGUUUCCCGUAACCUCACUGAUGUUUCGAUAUCAGCGUUCAUCCUUGACAAGCAUUCCACAUCUGCGUCUAGCUUUCAACAUCUUGAUAAUCUUCAAUCACUGAAGCUUAACAUGCGUCAAUUGAAAUCGUUUAAUGCAACAGGUUUGAGCAAAUUGAUCAAGUUGACUGGUUUGGACUUAAGUACGAAUCGAUUACGAAGCCUCUCGGUCACAGAGAUCGUAUCAAACUUGAAACACUUGAAUCUGGGGCAAAAUGACUUGACGGAGGUUCCUCAACUUUGUUUAAACAAAUCUGCUCCAUCCAUUCCCCAACUGAGCAAACUUGUCCUGCUUGACAACGCCAUCCGAAUUUUGGAAACUAGUGGUAUAUCCUGCUUGAAGAAAAUAAAGAAGUUGGUUCUUUCACAAAAUAGAAUCGAGACUUUGAGCGAUAAUGUCUUUGCCGACUUCGCGGAACUCACAGAACUUCAAUUGUCAAGGCUGACGUCGUUACAAUAUGUGGAAGAUUUGGCGUUCAACUCGACAUCUUUAACUAAAAUACUUUUCACGGAGAAUCCUAAACUGACAAAGAAGAAAUUCAAGCCUGCUUCUUUGUUUUCUGAAACUCCUCACCUGACAACACUUGACCUCACCAACACUAAGUUAGAUAUAAGCGUAAUGGACUUAAAGGCGUUACUCUUGACACUGACCAAGGUCAAACACCUCACGAUGCAGAGGACAUUUAUCAAAGAACUCCCAACAGGAGUAUUUUCAAGACUAACACAGCUGGAGAAUGCAACAUUUUCAGGAAACAUGUUAACAGGUUGGAAUAAAGACGUCUUUGCCAAUGUUACCAAUAUAAAGCGCAUAUUCUUUGACGGAUGUAACAUCAAGACAAUAAAUGAAAGCUCUCUGCCGUUGGAGUUCCGUCUGAGUGUGAAGGAAAUUGAUUUAGCUAAUAACCCGUUUAUCUGUACCUGUGAUUUGUUGUGGUUCAAGACAUGGAUGGAUCAAGUCAGGGCUAACGGGAGUAUCGUGUUUUCCCAGUACCCGCACAGAUACGAAUGCAGAUCGCCGAACAUCAAACCUCUCAGACUUGCGGAUUUCCAUCCGACAGAAAAAUCAUGCACAGCUACAAAACUAUACACAAUCAUUCUGACAAUUGUAUUGUCUGCGAGCGUGGUCAUCACUGUGACAGUGUUGGUAGUCUAUCGGUAUCGGUGGUACCUCCUCUACUGGAUAUCGCUGUUCAGACGACGACGACAAAACAAGGGUGAACCGGAAGAGAAUCAAUACGACGCCUUUGUCUCCUACAGCAACCCCGACGGGGACUGGGUCUACGACGAGCUUCUGAACUUCCUCGAGGGGGAGGUUGGGCUGAGUCUGUGUGAGCACAGCAGAGAUUUCCCAAUUGGUAGAUACAUCAUCGACAACGUCAUGGAUGCCUUGGACACCAGCAGAAAGACCAUCUUGGUCAUCUCCAACGAGUACAUGAAGAGUGACUGGUGUCAGUUUGAGCUUCAGAUGGCUCUGCACUCAUUUCUGAAACACAAAAUUGACAUUGUGGUGAUUCUACUUGACCAGAUCAAAGCAGAUCACGUUACGGCAUCUCUACGAGCUCUGAUGAUGUCAACCACUUUUAUUCAAUGGUGCGAUGAUUUUGAGGCCAAGGCACUUUUUAAGGAGAGGGUAAGGAAAAUCAUGUGUGAAGGUGACAUUAUUGGUCAGAGAGACCAUACAGGCCAUGAUAUACACGCAGUUCCGGCAGAUGACGAUAUCCUGUUGCCAUGAACCAAUGAAAUUAUUCAACAUAAUUUUGUUAUGGAGUGAUGACAUUAUUAUUUCGGUCAACUGCCCUGUACAAACAUAAUGCUGACAAGGGAGCAUUAACAGAACCCACUGGAAUUCGCUGCGUAGAGUUGCAUCCUUUAGGCGAGCCAGAUCGUUUUUGAAAACAACGAUCGACCACAAAUAUCUGGAUGGUUUGUGCGGGAUAGGGUUUGCGAAAGGGUUUCACAUUUCAUAGAUUUCGUAGGCUUACUGUGUACAGUUCAUUAAAAAUGCAGACGCCUGUUAUUGAUGUUGCAUGUCACAUUACAGUUUGAAAGAGAAAAUAUUGUACGAGUACCAUUGUUUAGAAUAUAUAAAAUAUUUUACACCUGGAGAUUCCGAGUGAGCGAGUGAGUAUGGUUUUACGUCGCUUUUAGCAAUACUUCAGCAAUAAUACGGCGGGGGACACCAGAAAUGGGCUUUACACAUUGUACGCAUGUCGGGAAUCGAACCCGGGUCUUCGGCGUGACGGGCGAACGCUUUAACCACCAGGCUACCCGACCGCCCCUAGGAGAUUCCGAGAUUCCUACAGCUUGUCAUACAGUCAUGUUUCUGGAUCCAGUAGGGUCGGGUGGUGAGUUCUAGUAAUCUGGUUGAAUGUAUGCCAAGGUGGAGGUUGAAGGCCGAUCCCUUGUAAUUUUGUUGCUUAUGCUUUGUGUAUAUUAAACUCACUCGGGUUUUAGUACCUUUUUGACGGUAACUAGUAAACCAGAUAGGCCUUUAUUGUAUAUAGAACAUCUUUCUAAAGUGCAAACGCUGCACCUUAUGAUCGUCUUAUUAUAUGUGUUUGUUAAAAUGCUAAUCCUUAGUAUCAGAUUUAUAUAUGUAAACAAACACACUUUAUAGCCUUGGCUGACCGCUUGGUGUGAUAAACUACCCCAGAGGUGGUUUUCUACUCCGGCGUCCGCGCUCUGUUGCCCCUUAAGGUAUAUAAGAUUGAAAUCAGGGUUAGUGAGUGAGUCAGUAUGGUUUUACGUCGCUUUUAGCAAUAUUCCAGCAAUAUCACGGCGGGGGACACCAGAAGAUCCAGGAUAGAAUAGCUCUUCAACAACCCAUUCUUGUUCUA